UCAGGACCCGAUGAAGUCUUGAUUCGCCUCAAUGCCACCGGCAUCUGCUAGAGCGACGUUCAUUUCAUGAUGAACGACACCGGUCUUCCCAAAAUGUCGUCGAACAGAGUGAGGUGCGCUGGACACGAGGGCGCCGGCGUCAUCGUCAAGAUCGGAUCCAAUGUACAAACGGUCGCCGUCGGGCAGCGGCCGACGGUCAAGCCAGUUAAAGACGUAUGCCAUUCCUGCGAAGAUUGUAAAGCUGAUCUGGAUAAUUAUGGUACCAGGUCAAUCUACUAUGGGUUUUUGGUUGACGGUGAGUCGCCCCCUCGCAAGUCUGCCAAUACUCCUAUUUACUCGAAAAUAUGCUCAUUUAAACAAUAUCUUGUGUCCGUGGAGAGAUACAUUACGUUAAUCCCAGAGGGUGUCAGUGAUUUUCUCGCUGCUCCUUUAAUGUGCUCCGGUGCAACCAUGUAUCGGGCAUUGAGGGCGGCGGGACUGGUAGCCGGUCAAUGGGCGGCCUUUCCCGGGGGAGGUGGGGGGGCGUCGGCAUCAUGGGAAUCCAGCUUGCCUUUGCUAUGGGAUUGAGACCGAUAGCAAUUGACAAUGGAGAGGAGAGGAGAAAGCUAUGUCUCAAACACGGCGCUGAGGCUUUUAGCGACGAAGACCCUGUGAAAUCGGUGCUGGAUCUGACAAAAGGAGGAGCACACGCUGUGUUUGUGACGGCAUACCAGGCAUAUUCAACGGCGCAUAAAUAUCUGGGGAGGCGCACCGGAGGGAAAGUCAUGUGCAUUGCGCUGCCACCGACUGGCAGUUACCCGAUCGGUUUUCCCCCGGACGCCAUCAUUCUACGGGGCCAGUCUUGGGUGGGAAGUUUGAUCGGCAGCUUGGGAGACCUUGAUAUGGUUCUUGACUUCGCGAAGCGUGGAAAAUUGACCUACGAGCCCACAGUCAUCAAGCUGUCCGAGAUGAAUGAUGCAGUCCAGAAGCUAAGAAGGGGGCAAAUUUCAGGGUGA